AAAUUCACUGUAGACAGCAUCCCAGUUCUGCCAGGAAAAGUCGUAAUAGUCACUGGUUCAGGCGUCGGUCUGUGGAGACAGUGCAAGCACGGCUGAAGAAGAAUGCAAAGGUGUAUAUUGCUGGGAGGAAUAGAGCAAAGGCGAAGGCUGCGAUUUCUAGAGUUGAUUAAGGAUACCGGGAAGGAAGCGAUCUUCCUCGAGCUGGACGUUGCGAGUCUGAAAUCCGUGAAGAAAGCUGCUGAGGAAUUCAUGAGCAAAGUGAACCAACUCCAUAUCUUAUUCAACAAUGGCGGAGUAAUGUAUCCGCCAGUCGAACAACUCACAGCUGACGGAUAUGACCUUCAAUUCGACACUAACGUACUCGGUCUGUGAUACGGUCUUACACGCACAGCUUUCGUCUGAAUUUCCAAUCGCUUGUAGGCCAUUUUAACUUUGCACACUCCUCAUCCUCAUCCUCCUCAAAACCGCUAAGCCAUUACCCGACUCCGGGUCGCCACGAGCUCUUCUUUCGGGCAUAUUACAUGUCUCUUCCAACUUCCGCUACGAGGCUCUACGUGAUUCACCAGAACACAAGAAGUUCCGCACCUUUAAUCUCUACUAUCAAAGCAACUUCAGAAACGUUCUAAUUGCUCGUGAACUGGUGAGGAGAUAUGGUGAUCAACUUGCCAUAUCCGCGACCCACAAUCUGGGAACUAUCAGGACGGAGAUGGCGAGAAGUAUGAGCUCGAUUCGACAGAAGCUAUUUGUUUGACCCAUCUCUUUACUCAGCUCAGCUUGGCGCACUCACACGAUUGUAUACUGGAACGUCUCCAGCUACAAGGAUUUUAAUGGUGCAUACCUUAUCCCAUAGUUUGAGUAUGGGAUACAUAACGAAGACAGUUAGUUAUUGUCAUCUCUCACAAAGUAGUCUCCUUUACGUUUCCUACUCGGCUGCAUAAUAGCAUACAAAGCACAAGUAUCCUGAAAUACUCUGAGCCAAUGAAGGUAUGCAAAUCAAUUUGUGUUUAAUUGCAUAAUACACAGUACGAGAUGUUAGCAGCACAAAUCUGCACGCGCGUAUUUUUUUUACAGCUGAAGCCGAUACGCGUAUGGCUAGUUAGGCUCAACUGGCUUUGCGCGUCGUAUCGGCAUGCACGAUCUGGCUCACCAUACCGUAUGGGUAUAUUCCGUUGAUUGUGUUUUCACGUAAUAGUCCUCUAUAAAUCGUAUGCGCUGGAAUGAU